GCCUUCUGCCUGCUGAAGAAUGGCUUCUGCUUGUCAUAGACUUGGCUUUUAUGCCUCUCUUCUGAAAAGGCAGCUAACUGGCAGGCCACGUGCCAUCAAAUGGGAACGGAUAGUAAUUCCAGGAUGUACCAGAGGUACUUACAGUGUCACGGGAGAGUGGACGAAAGAGUAUACGUUGCAGACAAGAAAGGACGUGGAGAAAUGGUGGUACCAACGAAUAAAAGAACAGAUCUCCCAAACUUCAGACACUGAUAAAUCAAAGCCCAAGUUCUACGUGCUUUCCAUGUUCCCGUACCCUUCUGGCAAGCUGCACAUGGGCCAUGUGCGGGUCUACACCAUCAGCGACACCAUUGCACGGUUCCAGAAGAUGAGAGGGAUGCAGGUCAUCAACCCCAUGGGAUGGGAUGCAUUUGGAUUGCCUGCCGAAAAUGCAGCUAUUGAAAGGAAUCUGCAUCCAGAACUUUGGACACAAAGUAAUAUGAAACAUAUGAGGAAGCAGCUCGAUCGACUGGGUCUGUGUUUCAGCUGGGAUCGGGAAAUAGCUACAUGUUUGCCAGACUACUACAAAUGGACUCAGUACCUCUUUAUUAAACUUUAUGAAGCUGGACUAGCCUAUCAAAAGGAGGCAUUGGUCAAUUGGGACCCAGUGGAUCAAACCGUGCUUGCCAACGAGCAGGUGGAUGAACAUGGAUGUUCGUGGCGUUCUGGAGCAAAGGUGGAACAGAAGUACCUCAGACAGUGGUUUAUUAAGACUACCGCUUAUGCAAAAGCCAUGCAGGAUUCCUUGGCAGACCUUCCGGAAUGGUAUGGGAUAAAAGGCAUGCAGGCCCAUUGGAUUGGAGACUGUGUGGGCUGCCAUCUGGACUUCACAUUAAAGGUUGAUGGGCAAGUCACAGCAGAAAUGCUGACGGCCUACACAGCCACCCCCGAGGCCAUUUACGGCACUUCCCACGUGGCCAUCUCUCCUAGCCACAGACUGUUGCACGGGCACAGCUCUCUGAAGGAAGCCUUCCAGAAGGCCCUUGUCCCUGGCACAGAUUGCCUCACACCCGUGAUGGCUGUGAACAAGCUCACCCAGCAGGAAGUCCCUGUGGUUAUCAUGGCCAAAGCAGACCUGGAGGGCUCUCUGGAUGCAAAAAUAGGAAUUCCCAGUACCAGCUCAGAAGACACCAUCUUAGCCCAAACCUUAGGUUUGUUCUACUCUGAAGUUAUUGAAACUUUGCCAGAUGGCACAGAGAGACUGGUCGACUCUGCUGAGUUCACAGGUAUGACCCGGAAAGAUGCUUUUCAAGCCCUGACUCAGAAAGCCCGGAGGAAGAGGGUGGGUGGAGACGUGACCAGUGACAAGCUGAAAGACUGGCUGAUCUCAAGGCAGCGGUACUGGGGCACGCCAAUCCCCAUCAUCCACUGCCCUGCCUGUGGGCCUGUACCUGUGCCUCAGGAGGAUUUGCCCGUGACCUUGCCCAGCAUUUCUUCUUUCACUGGCAAGGGAGGCUCUCCCCUGGCCAUGGCUUCAGAGUGGGUCAACUGCUCCUGCCCCAGGUGCAAGGGAACAGCCAAGAGGGAGACUGACACCAUGGAUACUUUUGUUGAUUCAGCUUGGUACUACCUCAGAUACACUGACCCCCAGAACAUUCAGAGCCCCUUUAGCACAGCCCUGGCAGAUUUCUGGAUGCCUGUGGAUUUGUACAUUGGAGGGAAAGAACAUGCUGUCAUGCACCUGUUCUAUGCAAGAUUCUUUAGCCAUUUUUGCCAUGAUCAAAAGAUGGUCAAGCACAGAGAGCCUUUUCAUAAGCUGCUGGCCCAAGGCCUUAUCAAGGGGCAGACAUUCCGCUUACCUUCUGGACAAUAUCUGCAGAGAGAAGAAAUCGAUCUCACAGGUUCUGUUCCUGUGCACUCGAAAACAAAAGAGGUAUUAGAGGUGACAUGGGAGAAGAUGAGUAAGUCCAAGCACAAUGGGGUGGACCCCGAGGAUGUAGUGGAGCAGUAUGGAAUCGACACGAUUCGGCUUUACAUCCUUUUUGCUGCCCCUCCUGAGAAGGACAUCUUGUGGGAUGUGAAGACUGAUGCUCUCCCUGGAGUGCUGAGAUGGCAGCAGCGCCUGUGGGCCUUGGCAACACGAUUUAUUGAGGCCAGGGCUUCUGGAAAGGCUCCCAAGCCUCAGUUGCUGAGCAACGAAGAGAAAGCUGAGGCCCGGAAGCUUUGGGAGUACAAGAACUCAGUCAUCUCUCAGGUGACCGCCCAUUUCACAGAGGACUUCUCCCUGAAUUCCGUCAUUUCUCAGCUGAUGGGGCUCAGUGCGGCCCUCUCUCAAGCUUCUCAGCGAGUGCUUCUGCACAGUCCCGAGUUUGAAGAUGCUCUGUGUGCUCUGUUGGUGAUGGCUGCACCAAUGGCCCCUCACAUAACCUCGGAGCUCUGGGCAGGCCUGGCACUGGUGCCAAAGAAGCUGUGUACCCACUAUGCCUGGGAUGCCACUGUGCUGCUUCAGGCGUGGCCGACCGUGGACCCGAAGUUCCUCGAGCAACCUGAUGUUGUAGAGAUGGCCGUGCUGAUCAACAACAAAGCCUGUGGCAAAAUCCUUGUGCCCCAGCAAGUCGCUCAGGACCAAGACAAAGUCCGGGACCUUGUUCUCCAGAGUGAGCUAGGGGCCAGGCUGUUGCAGGGGCGCAGCAUUAAGAAAGCCUUCCUCUCCCCCAGAACCGCCCUCAUUAACUUCCUGGUGCAGGAGUGA